GAUGCUACAUAGCAGAAUUAUAAAACAUUUCAUAAACAAACAAAACAUUAACUUGACCACGGUACGAUGUUCUGCAUUAUUCAUAAAUGGUGCUAAAGCAUCAGAAAACUUUGUUUAUGUGAUACCACACAUAGAUUUUCCUGAUCGGCUGAAAAACUUAGACCUUGUUAGAGAAGAGCUACAGAAAAGAAAGGCAAAUUUUGACCUAAAUAAAGCACAAAAUCUUUGGGGUGUAUAUGAAGAGCUAAAAGAGCGUAAGUCUGAAUAUGACAAAAUUAAAGAUAACAUAUCCAAAGAACUAGGACAACUGAUGAAAAAUGACCCAGAGGGUGAAAUCACUAAAAAGCUCAAGAUACAAAUUAGUUUAGUUAAAGAAAAUAUUAAAAAGUUAAAAGUACCCUUAUGGUCUGCUGAAGAGGCAGCUAUACUUGAAGCCUUAGAAUUGCCCAACACCCUGCAUCCCCGUACACCAGAAUCUAACAAUGAAGUUUUGUUCACAAACCUCUCACCACCAACUACAAAGAAAGAUCACCUUCAGAUAGGUAAAGAGCUAAAUCUGAUAUAUUUAAAAAAGAAUGAAAAUUAUUAUUUAAAAGGGGAUGCAGCUAUAUUUGAACUUAGUGCUAAGUUUUAUUUUAGCAAUAUUUUGAAAAAGGCUAAUUUUGUACAGUUUUCAAACCCUGAUUUUGUUAAAAGUGUCAUUGUAAAUGGCUGUGGCUUGGACCACACCAAUCCGGACAAUACUUUCAUCCUGCAUCACAAUGAAAAUACAAAAGUGAAUGUCGAUAGUCGCCUGCACCUUACUGGUGGUGGUUCUCUGUGUUCAUUCAUGGCAUACUAUGCAAAGAAUGUGAUACAUGCUAAAGUUUUGCCAUUGAAACUGUUCACUAUGGGCAGGCAGUAUAUACCAUCUCCAUCAGUUGAAGACAGCUUGUUCCAUGUUAGUCAAGCUUCUGUUAUACAAGUCUUUGAAGCAACAAAAAAGUCGGAAGACCUGGAUACAAGUCUCAAUGAACUAAUUGAAAUUUUGAAAAAUUUCUAUAGCAAACUAGGAUAUCAUUUUCGUAUUUGCAUUGUAUCUGCAGACAAGUUGGCCAUGUGGGAAUCAUUAAGAGUUGUGGUAGAAAUGUAUUCAAGUUCAUUGCAAAAUUAUGUUGAAGUUGCAAAUAUCUCCCUCAGUGGUGACUUUAUUAGCAAAAGAUUAAUGUUUACUUAUGUUGAAAACAAACAAAAUGAUUUUCCCCAUAUUUUGUCUGGUACAUUAUUGAAUGUACCUAGAGUUAUUGCUUGCGUUUUGGAGCAAGAAGGCAAUUUUGUUUUACCUAAACAUUUAAAUAUACAAGAAUGGACUACAUAGUGUAAAAACUACUUAAAUGUAUGUAGAUUUUAUGUUAAGAAUUUAUUAAAAUACCUAUUUAACAGUC